CCGCCCGUCAGUCCCUGUGGUUGAUCUAAAUCUGUCAGAGCCGGUAGAGGGUGGGGGCGGGCGGCUCUAUCUACAACCAUAGCCCCUACCAGGCAAAGGGCAAGACAGUGACCACCUUAACUUGGUCUCUGUCUGUCUCCCCAGCCUCAUCCACUAGGACGGAAGCCAGCUCUCUGGACCACCUUGCAAUCACUUGGAAAAGUUUUUGACUCCUGGAACCAAAAAGGGGGAAAUGCAGAUUUAAGUAAUGAGACUUGAAAAAGAGGUGUAGUGUUACCAGUGGGCUUGGGUUUUCCACAUAUCCUCAGCACCAACCGUGCACAUGACGUUGCUGGAUUGGAAUUAAACACUGGGAUUAAAUCGUGCAAAGGAGUUGAGGAUCUACCAUAAAUAUUUCUUUUUCAUGGCAACUUAAUCUGCACAAAGGAUUUACUGUUGGAAUUUUAUUUUGAAACAAUGACCGAUACGGUUGAAGCACGGUCGGCGACCACCACCACCACCAUGGUCGUUGAAGGUAAGAACGGAGACGCUGGGGCGCCGUCUGCGCGAGGACACAAGAAAAGUUUUUUAGAUGACCUCCACUCCACCUUCAGCUCCCCACUGGCCUGGAUCUUGGUUCUGGCUCUCAUCAUUACAUGGUCUUGUGUUUUUAUCAUCAUGUUUGACCUGGUGGACUACAAGACGGUGUCAGGUCGACCUCCUCUCGUCAGGAAGGUUUUAAAGGAUUCAGGCCGUAGAGGAGGCCUCAGCAAGAUCAGCUCAGACCCCGUGAAGGCGGUGAACGUUGCCAUGGAGGAAUCAUCUAACAUGAUCAGUGCAAUGUUUAAAUUUGCCGCCAAGCUGGUUGCUCCAGAAGACGAUGAAGGAACGCUAUACGCAGUGAGGAAAAAAGGAGAAUUUCUACCCUCCAGAAGUAAAGUUGUAGGGAUGCAAGCAAAGGCAAAACAACCAGUGAUUGAAGUUGUGGAGGAAGAGGAAGAAGAAGAGGAGGGAGCUGAGGAAGGAGAAGAGGAAGACGAAGUGGAGGCUGCUGGGGAGGAGGGGGAGGAGGAGGAGGACGAGUAUGCCGAAGACGAGGAAGAUGAGGAGGAUGAGGAGUAUGAGGAGUAUGAAGAGGAGGAGUAUGAUGAGGCAUAUCAGAAAUAUUAUGAGGAGGAGGAGGAAGAAGCUGAAGGAGAGGAGGAAGAAGGAGUGGAGGAGGAGGAGGAGGAGGAGGGAGCAGAAGCUGUGGAAGAGGAGGAGGAAGAAGAGGAGGAGGAGGAGGCCGUGAAGGAGGAGGAGGAGGAGGAGGAGGAGGAGGAAGGAGUGGAUGAGGAAGAGGAAGAAGAGGAGGAGGAGGAGGCCGUGAAGGAGGAGGAGGAGGAGGAGGAGGAGGAGGAGGAAGAUGAGGAGGCAGAAGCUGUGGAUGAGGAGGAGGAGGAGGAGGAGGGGGCAGAGGAGGCAGAAGGAGAAGAGGAGGAAGAGGGAGUUGAAGCAACUGCUGAUGAAGAGGAGGGUGAGAUGAAGGCAGAGGAGGAGGAAGAGAAGGAGGAGGAAGAGGACGUGGAGGUAGCUGCUGAAGAAGAGCAAGAUGAGGAUGAAGACGAAGAAGAUGAGAAGGAACCUGAAGCAGCUGCAGCUGAGAUUGAUGAAGAUGAAGAUGAAGUGAAAGAGGAAGCAGCAGAAGAGGAUGAGAAAGAUGAUGAUGAGGAGGAUGAGGAGGAGGAAGAAGAGAAGGCAGAUGCUGCUGAUGAAGAUGAUGUGGAAGAGUCUGAACCUGCAGCUGCUGAUGCUGAGGAUGAGGAUGAGGAUGAGGAAGUUUCUCCCAAACCUAUCUCCACUUCUGAGGAUGAAGAGUCAGCAGUGUCUCCUGAUUCUGAGUCUGACGUGCCAGUUGAUGUCAAGGACAGUGACGAAGAUGUGGCCCUGCCCGAUGAUGAUGACGAAAAAGACGAAGACGAUGAAGAUGACGAAGACGACACCAGCGACGAAGCAUACACUGACACCUCAGAUGUCAGUGAAUCUGCACUUCUCUCCAGUGACGAGAAGGAGGAGGAAGAGAAGGACGAUGACGACGAUGAAGAUGAUAGAUUAGCUGAGGGUGUUGCAACAUCUGAUAGCGAUGACAUCAUUGCAGAAGACACUGAUGAAGACUUGGAUCUUGAUUUCCCUCCUGUUCCUGUUGCCAGUGAGGAUGAUGAAGAUGACGAAGACCUUAAAAUCCCUGAAGAGGAAGAUCUUCCACCUUUGCCCGUUGUCGAGUAUGAUGAUGAUGACGAGGAACACCUGGAAGAAGACAUCAAAGUUGCUGAAGACACUGAUGAAGAUGAUGAUCUGGACCAAUCAGAUGAGGACAUCUCCGUCGCUUCCUCUGAACACUUUGCAGACGAUGAAGAUGAGGAAGACACUGACCUCAAAGACCUUGACCUCGACCUCGACAUCCAUGUUGACCUCGACGAAGAUGAAGAUGACAAACCUGAUGAUGUCAUUGAAGAGGACAUCCAUGACGACGACGACGAUAAAGAAGAGGAGGAAGUCGAUAUCUCUCCUUUUGAGAGUACAGACAGCGGAGUCUUAGGUGAUGAAGAUGAAGACGACGAUGUUGGUCUUAAGACAGAUGAAGAGACUGUCUUCAGUGAUGACAUCUCCUAUGACACAACCGAUGAUGAUGAUGAAAAAGAUGAUGAAGAUAUCGAUACCAGCUCAUAUGAAUUUACCUUCGAUCAAGAAGUAGGAAAAGAAACCUUUGUUGAAGCUCUAAAAGAUGAAGAAGAAGAAGAUGAUGAUGAUGAUGAUGAAGUCACAUCAGAGUCCUUAGCUCAUGAGGAUGAGGAUGAGGAAGAAGACGAUGACGAUGAUGUUGAUGACCUCUUGUUAGCAGCUACCAUUCUGCCUGCUGCCCUUGAGGAGGAGGAUGAGGAUGAGGGAGAGGACGAGGAGCCGACGGCUGAACUAAAGAAAACUGUAGAUGAGCCUGAAGAUAAAAAAGAGGAGUACGAUGAAGACGAGGAUGAGGAGAAGGCGACGGUGGAUGUGAUCAAACCUGUGCCUGAACCUGAGGAAGAAGCACCAAAGCCUGAACCCACAGUGUGUCCCUGUAUCCACCCUGCAAAGAUCAAAGAAUCGGUCGCCAAAGAGCCGGUCACCAAGACGGCAGAGAAAAAAGAAGCUCCAAGAAGAGUUUCAGCUGUGAGAAGAAGAAAAGAGCGUGAAGCUGUGAAGACGGAGGAAAAGCCAAAGAGGAAAGCAAUGCCCAGAAUUGCAGCUCUGGAGCCGAAAAUCAGGAGGAUCGCGAAAUUUCCUGCUUUUCUCAAAGCCAGGAAAGUGGAAAAGCCUCCCACCAAGACUCCCACUAAGACUCCCAAAAAAGAAAAAGAGACAGAGACCAAAAAACAAGAGGAGGUCCCAGAAUCUGGACAAGAACUCGGCCCUUGCAAACCUGCACCAGUCUACUGCCCGUCUCCACCUGGCUGGUACGUUCAUCACAUUGUCACAGACAACCCGUACCCUCCUCCAACCACUUCAGCUCCCUCUGCUCCUGUUCUGACUGCUCACCCUGUCCAUCCCGGAGCUCCACCUCUGCAGCCUUUUUACCAGCAGCAGCAGAUGCAUCCGCUCUACGCGCAGUAUCAACCAUAUCCACCAAUGCAGCCAAUGCCACCAAUGAUGCAGCCUCAACCAGAACCAGCGCAGCCAGUCCCACCAGUUGAACCGGUCCAGCCAGAAGUCAAGGAAGAAGAGGCUCCUGUUCAGGCUGAGGUCGCGACUCCAGCUGCUGAGGCUCAGCCAGCUGUAGCUCCAGUCAAGGAACCAGAGACUGUUGAGGAGGAAGUGAAGGCUCCAUCCACAAAGAAAGCUGAUAAGAAGAAAACCAAGGCUGUUGAUUCAGCAAAAGAGCCAGCAGCAGCCAAAGAGAAGACAAAGAAAGAUGCUGCUGUUUCAAAAGACAAACCCAAAGCUGACACAACAAAGAAAGAACCAACAGCCAAAAAAGAGAAAACCAAAACUCCUGCACCAGCUAAGAAAGAGCCAGCUGUAAAAGAGAAAGCCAAAAGUCCUGCACCAGCUAAGAAAGAGCCAGCAGUAAAAGAGAAACCCAAACCUGCUGCAGCUGCUAAGAAAGAGCCUGCGGCUACGCGACAGAAGAGCAAAUCAGCUUCUGAAAAGAAAGAAGCAUCACCUGUCAGGAGCAAAGCCAAAGCUCCUGCAGCAAAGAAAGAACCAGAACCACAUCCACAGCCUCUCAGAGUGAGACCGAGGCUAGAAACUAUGAGGAGGGUGAAUGUAACCUCCCAUGCAAAGGAAGAGAAACCUGCCAGAUCUUCGUCUGAACCAGCUAAGGCGAAAUCAAAAUUAUUGGCAGAGCAGAAAAGCAAAGCUGAGAAGGCUGAGAAGAAAUCUGUCAAAGAGGCUCAAGAUAAAGAGAAAAAACCACCACAGCCGAAAGAAUCCCAGACUGAAGAAAACAUUACAGAAAAGAAGAAACCAGGCCAGAGAUACUUCCAGUGCAUUUACGUCCCUGGUAAAAAUGCACAGUACCCCUUGAGACCUUUCACCCCGCCCAUGUCCCCUGCCAUGAUUACCCCUGCAAUCAGGUCCAUGAUGGAGCAGCAGCAGAGAGCAGCGAGGGCGGCGGGACAAUAGGACAACCUAAACUCUCACCUCUUUUCUGAUAGCACUACAUCUUCCAGUCCAGCAGGGGGAGACAUUUUAAAUCUGUGGAAUUCUUAAAUCCUGAGGAAAAAACACAGACACAGAUAAGAGUGGACAGAAUGAUUUUGUCUUUAAUUUAUUUAUGUACAUAUUUUUUCUCUAUGUGGUUGAGCUCCUGGGGUUUCUGAUUAUAUUCCCCAUUUUCCUCACAGCUGAUAGUUGUCACCGUCACGCUUUUCUUGUGCCUUACAAUGUCACAAAUCUCCAAUCAAGGAAGCAUUAUAUAAAUAUUCAUAACUAUGUAUAAUGUACAUAAGGAUUAUAUUAGUAAUUUAGGCUGAAAUAAACAUAAACAUCUUUAGCAUGUUGUUUAUAUUAGUUUACUUUGUCAGUCUACUUUAAAAUAAGGUUUCCAUGGUACCAUAUUUUGUUAAAUUUAAUAUUUAUAAUUUAAGGCAUUUGCACUGACAAACAAUUGCUAACAGUAAAUAAGCACAUAUUUAUUCUGUUUUAAAAUAUACAAGAAAAAAACUAAUAAUACAAACUGGGGCAGUAUUUUGCAUCAAAUAUUACAAAAAAUAAAAAAAAAUAAAUCAGGAAACUUUAAAAAAAAAGAAAAAAAAAGAGGAAAAAACCCUACCAUUUUGUUUUUGGAUUUUGAAUGGGAUUAACUAUUACUUGAAAGACAUGUCACAUAUUUUUAGUUUUUUUUUUUUUUUUACUUUGAGAGCUGUUAUCAACAGCUUGCAUCCUCUUGUUUUUAAUCACAGAUUUCAAUCCUGCGUACUGUAACACAACCAGGUGUGUUUUGCUGCUUCGCUUCGUCUGCAACAGAUUAGCAUGCAAAUGAUUGGAGGGUCAAACCCCAGGAGCUCCCACAUUUGAUCCAAGCAGCCUCCCCGUCUCUGAUCGCGAGCCUCAUCAACAUGUUAAAUGUUGCCGAGUGAUUAAUAAAAAUGAGACAUUUUCUUCUCAGAUGACCUGAUAUCAUACAGGAGUGAAGAGGAAGGUGAGCUCAUUAUGUACAACAUGCUUAAUUUAAAUUAAAGGCACAACACUUUAGUUUAAAGAGAUGUUUCAACACGUUUAAUGUAUUUGUUGGAUGUUUGUCAUUCCCAGACACUGACAUGUUUGUAUUAAAAGGUUGCUCAUUUAAAAUUGUUCUUAACUUCAGACAGGUGCAAAUAAGGGCUUGAAGUUUACAAUACAUGGUCCCCUCUUAUAAUACUUAUACUCAUUUAAUGCUUGAAUACUUUUAGUUUUAUAAAAUGCCAUUUAUUUCUAUUUCCCAGUCUUUAAACCUGAAUUCGUCCUUGGUGACAAGCCAGCUUUGUUCUUAUGAAUGAAGUGCAGUUGAUGGAAUCAGCUUGUUCAGAGACCGGGAGUCUGCACAGGACGACUUUGAUGUGACCAAUUAAUGAGACGCUGUGAUGUCUGCUACAGUGGAUAAAUGUCAUGUUAACCAUCAGCUUAUUUACAAAGCCUGAUACAUUGGCAUAUUUUCAGUUACCUCACUCGCUCUGGUUUUGCACCUUCACAACAACGCUGCCUUGUUGUCGCUGCAAAACUGUUGUUGAGCAUUAUCAGCAAUUUGCUGCUGUCUUACUGAAUGAAAACCUUGACUACAAAGAACCAAAAGGGUGUCUCACACUGGGCUUAAUCCUGGGAUAAGACCCAUAUUAGUCCAGGGCCUGCUGUGGUGUUUGCCCUAACAGUUUAUUCACACUUACAGUUCCUAAGCUGCAAAAUUAAUUCCUCAGUGGUUUGCAGUGUGAGGCACUUGCCCUGUUGUAGUGGUGACUUACAGAUUAACGCCUUGUGGACCGACUAAUCCUAACUGUAUUGCAGGUCUAUCCACACCUUUUUCAGGGUUGUCCCCUAUAAAGUCUUAAGGUGUGUUCAGACUGAGCCCAAAGCUGAUUUCAGAAGCAAUGCAAAUGCAAACAAAAUCAGUGGAAAGAUGUGAGUGGAUAUGAAGAGUUACAGAUUCAGUCUAAGUAAUGCAAAUGCUGAAAUGCUUUCAUUCGAGCAAAAAAUGUGCACUUAUCCUGCAGCUGUGUGACUCAGCUGCAGAGACAAUAAGACGAACUGAGGGGGAAAUAAGAGAGAACUGGAGUUCCUGUUAUGGUAAUGUUGCUACCAAGCUAACAGCAACAGCCCAUAGAGUUUGUCAGUGGGUAUUCAAGGCAACUAAUUGCGCAAUAAAGUGGGGAAAAAUGCUUCGUGCUCACUCUGAAUGCAUCUUUUAAGUCACUGAUGUGAAUCCGGGUUGGAACCAAAGCAAUCUCAGCUAGCUGUUUGCUGUUAGCGUACUGAUUUUGAGUGUGAAUAUUUAACCUGAGGCUUGAUGUAAACUCUGGGUUAAUGAGUCCAAGUGUGAAAUGAGGUUAAGCUAGCCCUGGGCUGCUUUUUGUCACCCCUGCAGGGUUUAGGUCAACAGGCCUGAAAAAUGUAAGUGUGAAGAGUCCUCAUGUUUCAUGGCCAAAUGAGAUCUGACAACCUUUUACAGUGGCGACCCACUGUGAGCAUGUGGUUGUUGGAGUGGCAUUUAAAACACACCUGGCAUUGCUGUGCACUUCAGGUGUGUUUGUUUAUACAGGAAUUAUUCUUAAAAUGAAACCUAUUCCAGCGGGGGGGAUGCAGCGAGUAGAUAGCUGCUCUGGAGGCCCUGAAACGUCAGCUGCACUGCAGCUGCAUGAUAUUAACAGACAGUAAUAACACCAUGCAGCUGCAGCUGUCUGCUGUAAUUAUGUUUUUACAUCUAAUCUAAUGUCACUAGGUUGUAUACAAGUUUCACAGCAUGGGGUUUACCCUUGACUCCAUCUAUGAUCACAUGUUUGAAAUAUAGGUACAUAUGUUUGUGUAAUGAUGUUAAGAGUGCGUUUUUUUUUCCUGCAUGUUGUUACUGCACUGCAGCAGUUGUGAAUGGGUACAGCAUGUCCACUUGAAGCAAAAAAAACAUCACUUAUCAGUAUGUUUCACUUUGAUUUUUUAGUAGUUCCGACCAUUUGUUGAUCUAUUUUUCUGCAGAAACACUUCGACCUGAGUUUCCCAUAUUUGUUGGUCAGUAUUUUACCAUAUAUCACAGUGUAAUGCUCUAAAAAUCAAUACUUUUAUCAGCUCAGACGCACUACUUGGCAUUAAAGGUUUUCUAUGGAGUUUUUGACCACUAGUGGUGCUGUAGAGCAAUGUUGUUUUGAGGAGCAGGUCCACAAGGAUGACACACAACGGAGAUAAACUUCAGCUUUAAACCUUUUAAAGUUGAUGUAUUGAAGCUAACAUUUUGGGACAUGCUUACCUCGGAAACGUCUGGUUACCCGAGUAACUCUCGCUCCCUGGGUACUGAGUGAAGUUCAAACUCCUCAGGUGCUUGCUGGGCUUUUCCUUUCAAAAACAGGCAAUGCUUUUAAAUGACAGUGGCGAUAAAUGCUUUGCGAUAUCAAUUAAUUUUACAUAAUUCCCAUUACUUACAGUUGUUGGUGGUAAUUUACUGCAACAUUAGCAUAUCAGACAUGACGUUUUUUUUUUUUUUCGAGCAUGAGGGUCAGUUUAGAAACAUGACCUGUUCAGAGAGUUAAACAGCAAGCAACGAUAAAACAUGAUCUAAUAAAUAAAUUGGAUUUGAGCAUAAGAUUUGCAGUAGAGCACAUGUUGUUAAGUUAAUUUGAGGCCAACAUGCGUAAUGGAGUGAUACUAUUCCAAUCAACUCACUGCGUUUGCUUCGUUAACUCACUAAAAUGGUGUACACGUGUAAAACGAGGGAAAUCACACUGAACCCCUACUGUAAGGAGAAUUCAGGGGAUUUCAAACCAGGUUUAUGCCAUGUGUGAACCCAGGUGAACAAAGAGGAACUGCAUUUAAGUUUUACACUUGAUGCAGUAUCUGCAGUUUCAGAGUAAUAGUUUAAAAAACCUUUGAAAUGAAAGAUUUUAAAAUAUUUUCAGAGGUGUUACUGAAUGCCAUGGCUUUGUUUUUGUGAAUGGGCUCUACAGUAUUAGUUUCAAGUCAGUGGGAAAUAUGAGUGUGUUGCAAUAAGAGCAGAUUAAUUGCUGAGGAUGAGCGAUUGUUAAUGUUGUUUUAGGAGAAUUUUUAUCCACUGAACAAGUAUGGUGUGAGGUUGUUUGGUUCUUUUCGAACAAUCACUUAUUUUGUUAAUGAGUUCUGAUGUAAUUUGCAUGAUGGUGUAAUUCACACAAGCAUCACUCUCCAGUGUAAAAUACACAUCAACCAACAGUCAGUCAGAAGCUGUAUAAAGACUGUAGAUAAUAUUUAUUUUAUUUGUUGCACUCCAGAGAUUGAUCACCUCGUUAGGUCUCACACUGAAAGACAUUGAAUUCACACACUGGUCUGCUCAGAAAAAAAAGUAAUUUGUUUCAAUUAAAGAGGAUAUUUCUGUGUUGUUGAAUAUCAUCAGACUUCAAUGUGGGCAAUAAUUUUAACAGUGUUCCCUAACGAGACAGAAUAAACUACCUGUUGCAUGUAUGAUAAAGCAGAGGUGUAUGACGUAAUCACAUGAGAAGGCUAGCAGCCUGACUCAAUCACUGUUUUUAGACAUUUCAGGAGCCACUUAAAUAUCACAAGUGACAUUUUAGGCACUUAAGGGACUCUACUGAGGAUGUCUGCUGUGGUUACAUGUAGAAUACACUCACCAAAAUGCAUUUUGUGGGUCAUCAUUUCAAUAAAUAUUUGCAGAAAUUUGCAAGACCA